AGUUGAAUAAUAAUUUAAUAAUGGGUGCUGCUACUUCAACUCCGCUAUCAGAGGCUAGGGCAGCCUCUGAUUCUUUGCCCACCAAUUCUUGUAUUGCCAUAGUAGCUGGAGCUACAGGGGCGACUGGUCGUUGGGUCGUCAGUGAGUUACUCAACUCGGAUGUCGUUACUAAGGUCGUGGCAGUGACUAGGAAGGAUAUUUCUGAUACAAAAAGCGUAUUUCAAGGAGUCCAAUCUGAUGAAGGAUAUUCUAAACUCAUUGUAGCUCCAGCUGACUGGAAGAAAAUGGCUGAGCAACCCGAGGAUGCGACCCUCCCUGAGCGUGCUGUAGAAACAAUAAAGUCAGCCGGUGAUGGUAAGGGUUGUAUCGCCUUCUGUUGUCUUGGAUCGGCACCAUACACUGAGGAAUCAGACUUUCUAGCCCCCUCAGCAUUUGCGCAUGCGUGCAAGAAGGCUGAUGGAAAUGUUGGGAUGUCACUGAUGUCCUCUGGUGGAGCCGACCCAAACUCGAUGAUAGGCUACUCGAAGACUAUCGGUAGACGGGAGGAGGCAUUCGAAGGUAUGAAGUUUAAGUAUUUGUCGAUAUUCCGACCGGCUAUGCUCCUACGACAAGACAAGCAACGGAUGAAGGAAAAGAUUUUCCUACCUUUGACUCCUCCUAAGUACCGUGUUGAUACCCGAGACGUGGCGAAGACGAUGGUGUUUGAUGCGACUCAUACAAGGGAUGAUGGAUCGGCUGAAAAGGCAACAGUAUUUAGCAACGCCGAUAUACAGGCUACUGCUGAGGUAGCUGCACAGCAGUAGGUAUUGUCAUACCACACUUUUCACAACUUCCUAAAUAGUCUACAUCUUAUUUGUUC